AUGAGCAAGCGAGGCGGCGCGGACGAUGGCGGCCGAGGUAGUUUAGCUUCAGGCAGCCGCACCCAUCCUCGUGGCCCCAGCCAUCGUUUCGGGGCAUCUGUAUCUACAGGCGAGGACGAUAAUGGGCCUUCUAGUGAUGGCGGGCGUGAUAUUGAUCAUUUUUUCAUCGGCGGCGGUGGUAGAUCUAGUGGAAGGCUUUCAUCUGAGGAGGAGGGCAGGACCGAUGAAACGAGCACGACGGGCCCAGCGCAGCGGCAUCGGCUCGAGACGGGCGCGCGCGAGGCCGGGAACCAGGGCAAGCAUGGACAGGGUGGCGGACGUGGUGACGCUGGACUGGAAGACUCUGCCCUUUCGGGUUAUUCAUCGCCAGAAGAAGAGACUUUGGACAACCCCGGGGGCCUUCAACCUGGGAGCUCACCUGAUGCCCCCACGAAUCCAUCGCAGCCGGAACGACGCGAAACGGAUACUGAUCAACUGACGCACUCGGAGCAAAUGGAUGCUGACUUCAUCUCUCCAUCUCCAGCACCGUCGAAGCCAGGCGCGAACGUUCGUCCUCGUCGAAUAGGUGACACAUCAGGCCGAUCGACGAAUCCGGGCGCGGAAGAUGAAUUCUCCGAAUCUUGGACGCUUACUGCCGAACAAGAGAAAUCCGAGAGGGACAGCGAAGAUCCGCUGGAAAAGCGUAAUAAUCGCCGACCGCUUCUGCCAUUACAGCCAUCCUCUUCGGGAGACUCGCCAGACAGUGAACGUGAAGCGGGAGAUGGACAUGAACAAAAAGCGAACCCCGCGCGACGGACAAGGCCAAAGCACGUCUGGAUGGACGUCGAUUCGAAGGGAGCACUUGGUGAUGAAGCAAGCCGCAGCGACUACGGCAACGGCGACGAAGAGAACCCCGUGCUGUCACAGCAAGAGGUCGAGAAAUUUUCGAAGGACGGCGUUAAAAGUAAAAAAGUCGUCAACGUCAAAAACACCCAUCCUUUUUUGUCAUCCACAGACUCCUCAGACAAGAUAGAGGGCGAAGAUGGUUCUGAGUUCACAUCAUAUUCUUCUGUGGUGGAUGCGGACGGAAGGAGCGACCAGGAGGAGGAGCAGCCCACGACACGUACGUCGAGGCGUUUGCGACCUGGUGGAGCGCUAUCAGAUUUUGGAAGUGACGACAAUCGCGUGCCUUUUUCGUCCUCUGACCCCGAUGAUGGUCAGGACAAUCCCGAAGCCCCGCCUGCACCGUUCGCAGACCCCUCCGUUUCGAGUGUUGAUGAUUUUCUUUCGGAAAGAGGCCAGCACCUGCCGUGGGAUAAUGACGAGGGCGGUGAGCUACCCGGCCGACGCUCAUCAAGCCCAUCGAGGAUCGGUGGACACAGCGCCGCCGCUUCAUCCUAUGGGAAGCGACCCUCUUCAUUAGAACAACCAGAAGAGGAAUUCUCUAGUGCUUCAGUAGCAAGCCCAUCCACAUCACCGGGACCGGAUGGUGGCGAGUAUUCUUCGGAGGUUGCUCCCCCGCCAGGGUUUUUACGGCCUGAGGCGGAUGGGGCUGGUUCCCCUUCUGGUGACGAAGAGGGGCUGACACAAGACGUGUCUAAUUUCUCAGGAGAGAUCGACAGUUUUGGUAUUACGGGCGAAGCUUUCGACGGCGGUAGUGAUGGGGGCGCGCCUGGUUCUGCGGCCCUUGCAAACCCCGAGGGUGCAAAGCCCAAGCGCCACGCAGCGGCCGGUGGGACGUCUCCUUAUGGUGCAG